UUUAGCGUGCUACUAGUUAGCUAACCAGCUAGCUCUCUAGCGUUGCACAGCGCACAGUACUCCUCCUCCUGGCUGCUUCUCAUCUUUCCCUCAAAAAUUGGGCGACAACCGAAGACAGGAUCUCGUCGACAAAGGCAAGAUAAAAAGAGGGUGAGCUCACUCCCAACAAACAGGCAUCCGUGAUCUGAUGUGAGAUCCACGGAGAGACAAUGCCUAGCCCUUUAUUCCACCCCGAGAUUAUGGACCACGACGUGGUGAUCAGCAGCCAGCACAACGGGGUCGGUCUGCCCCGAGAGACAGACCAGGAUUCCCGGGAAGAGGACCAUCAUGAUGCGCUCCGCUUCGCCCUGGACCAGCUGUCACUCAUGGCUCUGGAGAAAGUGGACUGUGGUAGCGGAGGCGGCGUGCUGGUCGACCCUCUAGAUGGGACCCAGGGUCCGGGCUCCGAGGGCUGCAACGGUGUGGGCGGAGGGGGGUAUGUGGAUCUACAGAUGCUGGAGCAUCCAAACGGGUCCCGGGACUCGCCGACGUCCUGCUCUCCAUCCCCGGAGUACUACGGAUCGGGCGGGUACCACAUGGCCAGCUCGCACUCCAUGCUCCACGGGGAACAAAGCUCCGUCCUCUGCAGCAGGAAAAGAAGUGUCAACAUGACAGAAUGUGUACCUGUCCCCAGCUCUGAACAUGUGGCUGAAAUAGUGGGAAGACAAGGUUGUAAGAUUAAGGCCUUGCGUGCCAAAACAAACACGUAUAUAAAGACUCCAGUCAGAGGCGAGGAGCCUGUGUUCAUCGUGACGGGACGCAGGGAGGAUGUCGAGAUGGCCAAGCGGGAAAUUGUCUCUGCGGCUGAGCAUUUUUCUAUGAUCCGGGCGUCCCGCUGCAAAGCUGGAGGCCCCGGAGGAGGAGGCGGAGGCGCCAGCUCUCUUCCUGGACCACCACACUUACCUGGACAGACCACCAUACAGGUGAGGGUGCCCUACAGAGUAGUCGGUUUAGUUGUCGGACCAAAGGGAGCAACGAUCAAGCGCAUCCAGCAGCAGACUCACACCUACAUCGUGACACCCAGUCGAGAGAAAGACCCGGUGUUCGAGGUGACCGGCAUGCCGGAGAACGUGGACCGCGCGCGCGAGGAGAUCGAGACCCACAUCACCCUGCGAACUGGAACCUUCGUAGACCUGCAGGGAGACAAUGACUUCCACUCCAACGGCACGGAUGUCAGUCUAGAAGGCCUGGGCGCCCUGAGCGGAGGGCUGGGGUCGUCUCUGUGGUCCAGGGCUACUGGCCACCAUUCGGUCCCCCCUCCUCCUCCUCCUCCACCCUCCCCACCUCCUCCCCUCCCCAUGUCCAUGCACCACUCCUCCAGCCGGAAGAUGUCCUCCUCAGUAGCCUAUCACACGCACAACAGCGGGAUGAGCUCCGACAACUUCAGCGCCUCUCGCAAGGCCAACGAGGGAGGCAGCCCCACCAGCCCUUUUAGCACAGGCUCCAGCAGUGCUGGAGGAGGGUUUACUUUCGGGGGCGACUCCACGCCAGGGCUGCCCUCCUCGGACGAGCUGGGCUUUGAGUUCACCGCUGCCAACAUCUGGGCACCGUUCGUCAACGGAGGGGCGGGCAAUAAGACGGCCGGCUCCUCCCAGCAGCAGCCUCUGCGUCGCAACAGCAGCGGCCUCAGCGGUGGCGCCAUCACUCCAAGAUUGUCUCCAACUCCGCCUCAGGACACGGGCGUGGGCCCCCUGGAUCAUCCAUUAGCCCGUCGCGCACAGAGCGACCCCCUCAGCACUCUCUCCUGGCUACAGUCUGGCAGCGCAGGCGGCGGCGGCUCCUUCUCCGGCGCGUCCAGCUCCAGCUCCGGCGGUUCGUCGACCGGUUACUCCUCCUGCUCGGCCUCCUCCCUGCCUGGCGGCUCGCCCACUGACUCCGAGGGCGGCGGCAUGGUCCUCAGCUCCGGGAUGCUGAGUCGGCUGAAAGGCGGCUCCGUCUCCGGGGUCGCGGGCUUGGUCGGCGUCAGCCCCGGCAUCAACAGGGACUGCUUUGUGUGUUUCGAGAGCGAGGUGACGGCAGCCCUGGUGCCUUGUGGCCACAACCUGUUCUGCAUGGAGUGCGCCGGGCAAAUCUGCCAGUCAGCUGAGCCCGAGUGUCCCGUCUGCCACACCCCCGCCACACAGUGCAUCCGCAUCUUUUCCUAAUGCCUGAGAGGGGGGGGCAAUAUGAAGUGGGCAAGAAGAAGACUGGGGUGGGGCACCAGCUGUGGCAGAGGCAAUGGAAGGAUUCACACUAAUAACUCUCACACACAUGAUGGACCAUAAUAAAUGCAUAAUAGAGAUGAUGAUACUAUACGGAUGUUGAUUUAUUGCUGAUAACUGUCAAGAUUAAUAAUCACAAUAACAAUAAUAAUAAUAAUAA